GGUGCACUUACAGUUACAGUCUCAGAUAACCUUUUUUUUUGUCAAAUUCUAAAAAUAAUGCCGAAAUCCUGGGUUUUGGACAUCUCGCAUAAAGCGAUUGAGCGACUAAAUAGGAAGCAAUUCUGGAAACUCAUAAGGGCGAUUAUAAAUCUACCUCCACCUGUAGAGGCAGCCGCGCUUCGAGAGGCUCUGCGCGAAUUAGGUAUAUUCAUUUCUGAUAGUAACUACGCAGAUUUGUGUGAAUCGUACGGUGAGCUUAACGUGAAUGUGCCUGAAUUAAUUAAUGAGAUUUUUGAGUUAUUUUCCCCUCGACGCCGUUAUGUGUUAAAUUUAAUUUUAAAGAAAAUUGAUCCAAAGUGUACAGGACUCAUCCCGUUGGAAACUAUAGACCUAGAGUACGACACAAUGCGACACCCAGAUGUUUCGAAUCAUAUGCGAGAUCCUGAUGAAGUGAAGAUGGCGUUCACGAAUGCUUUUGAAGGAGCAGGAAAUUUUAGUGACGAUAAUAAAUCUCAGCUGAUCAUGGCGGAGGAACUCAUGGGUUACUACUUAGGUAUUUCCCUUACAACACCAAAAGACGAAGACUUUGAACUACGUUGUAUCCGAUCGUUCUCACUAGACCGCCCAAAGGUUGUUAUAAGCAGCGAUGACAUUGAACGUGAAAUUUUAGGUUCACGUGCGGACUCUAAAAUGAGUCGCUUGCUGGGUCAAGGUUCAUCUCAUCCGUUGUACACUACAUCCAACAAUGAGUAUGGUAGGAAUAGCACAUCCAAAGAUGCGCAAAGCGUCUGCUCAAAAUACGGCUUGUCACAUAAGUUCACAAAAAGCAUUCUUUGCCAAUUUAAUGGGGCUACUUCUAUGAAUAUGUAAAGUGUAGGAAAGAUAUUUUUACUUUAACUCCAAAAGUAAAAUAGUAGAAAACAGUUUGUAAUUACUCCAUGAUACAAUGCAGCGAAUAGUGUGGUACUAAUCUGAUUUUAUUAUUUCUUUAAAUUAGACUUCCUGAGAAAAAGUGAUGUAAAAUUAUUUGGGUUUAAAGGGAAAUGCAACGAAAAAAAGGACGCGUUAUCAAAAUUGUUUCUAAAUAAAGAUAUAUCAUUGCAUUUGUUUGGACUAUACCGCUGGUACCUUAUUGGAGAUUUUGUAUUAUUAGUUUUA